UGGCAGCGCCCAUGCAAAUUGAAAACAUGAAAAUUGACGGUCACGAUUGAAAGUUCAUUUCUUUGAAAAUUUUGGAUAACAAAUGUUACUAGAAUUCGUGAAUAGUUAGUUGCUGUAACCCUUUUCAUCAUGGGUAGUCGAAAUCUGUGUCAGUUGAAAACGCGCUUGGAAAGGCAUUUCUUGCGUAACGUAGUAAAGAGGAAAUUCGGACACAGUCAACACUGUUAUUCAAAAAAGGAUGAAAACAUUAUGAAUGUCUUUGACAGAAAAGCAAAGCGGCUUCAGAGAGAUAGAUCAACCACGUUACCAAAUUUUGAAGAAUCACAAUAUGUAAAGGAAGAGAUUGGAUACAGAACAUAUGAUAGACUCUUGGAUAUAAAAAGAGAAUUUGAUGUGGCGGUGGAUUUGGGCUGUGGUCUGGGCUAUGUCUCUCGACACAUCAAAAAGGACACCGCCAAACUUAUAUACCAGUGUGAAAUGUCAGAAAAAUUACUGAAAAGGGCAGAGGUUUCUCCAGAGGUACCCACACAUAAGCUGGUUGUUGAUGAAGAGUUCUUGCCCUUUAAAGAUAAAUCUCUAGAUGUAGUUGUUAGUAGUCUAAGCUUACACUGGGUGAAUGAUCUCCCUGGCUGUUUUAAAGCCGUCCAGAAAUCGCUGAAGCCUGACCGCCCGUUUAUCGGGAGUAUGUUUGGUGGGGAUACCCUCUUUGAACUCAGGGUCUCACUACAGUUAGCAGAACAGGAGCUACAAGGGGGGAUAAGUCCACACAUUUCUCCAUUUACUGAUGUCCGGGAUCUAGGAAACCUUUUAAAUCGAGCUGGAUUCACUAUGUUAACUAUAGAUGUUGAUGAAGUAAAAUCCUCAUACGAUGAUAUGUUAUCCUUAAUGAUGGAUUUAAAAGGUAUGGGUGAAAAUAACUGUGUCUGGACUAGAAGACCCAUGCUUCAUCGCAACACCAUAGAAUUAGCAGAGAAAAAAUACCGAGAAAUGUACAGCACAGAAGAGGGACUAGAAGCUACUUUCCAGAUUGUAAAUUUCAUUGCCUGGUCUCCUGAUCCUUCUCAGCCCAAACCUCUACAGAGAGGAUCUGCCAAGUUCUCCUUGAAGGACAUUGAGAGGAUCGAUGAGCUCACCAAGGAUGUCAAAUCCCUUGAGGAGGAACUGGACAAGGGAUUAAAUCCCAAAAAGGAUAAAUAACUUUGUGGCAUUAAUCAGGGAUUAAGUUGAUUCAGCAUGGAAGAUUUAUUGAACAGGACUGUAGACAUGUACUCUGUAGUACAUACUGUGCAUCUUGUGACAUUGUCCUUUGCAUAUUCAUCAAGUACAUGGAAAAAACUACUGUGAAUUUCUAAAGGGCAU